ACAAAAAUGUGACUUAACUCUGUCUAUCUUUGAGGCACUGAUAUAUAGAAUUGAUAAAUACCCAUACAGCACAGAAAUCAAUUAGGACAUAUAUCCUGUGGACGUCCCUGCGACGUCCCCUGGAGCUUCUGUGCUGUAUGGGUUUCGUCCUUGAAACGUAAGAAUAAUGUCCCAAACAUAUCCUAUAGAAAUCCUUAGGAUAUUUCAUAGGAUUUCCCUCGAUAUUCCAGAGGAUCAUAUACGGCUAUCAUUUCCUCUUCCUCGGGACAUCCAGAGGAGAUCCGAGGAUUAAAAUGGGAUAUCCUCAGGAUAUCACACAUGUACGUCCUGGAUGUUCUUUGGAUGUCCUUAGGACAUCCUUGUGCUGUCUGGGUAUCGGCCUCUCAAAUAUCUGCAUUUAAAGCUUUGUGUCCACGAUGCUAGAAAUCGAUCCGAGAUCUCGAUCCAAGAAAUAUGUGACCAAUCAACUUGCAGCUUUUUCAUAAAAGCUACAAAUUGAUUUCUAGCAUCGUGGGCACUAAGAUUUAAGUACGUGCGACCAAUAUUUUAAAUAUAUGUGAGUAUUUCGUGUUCAAAUUUCGCGGGUGCAUUUGGACCGAAAUUUCAAUUGGUUGCGCUCAUCAUGCCGCCGCCGCUAUGCGCAAUACAUCUUUCUUUUUACAUCGUGUUCUCUAUUCACGUGCGAUACGGCACGGAAGAAUCGUGCGUUUUAGGUUAUUAGAGGAUUCGCAUAGAUAAUGUUAAACUGCAUCAUUGAAGAUUGUGCAUAAUAACGUGGUGCACAUUACUUGAGCUUUUUCUUUCUUGAUUAAUUUACAUGAAAUGCCGCAUGAUCCUGCGGAUAAAACGCAUAGAAAACCGCGUCAGACCAGAGGCACCCCGCUCGGAAGAUAUGUAAAUCUCAUAUCACUUGGCGUGACACUUUUCUACGGUGGUAUAUUAUACCUUUCCUAUAGAAAAAAUGUAAUUCCGCUCGCAAAUACCGACGAUACGUAUAAGAAAAUGUUAGAAGAGGCUAGAAAAAGGGACUAUCUUGUAGACUAUCCUCCAAUUAUGCACGAGCUUGCCGACAAGCUGUUUUGGGAAGGAUUAUUUAAACCUGAAUCAGAGGAUGCACAAAAAACUGAACAAGAUUAAAUAAUAGUACACAUUGAGUUUUCACAUAGAUGUAUAAUGGAUCUUAAAGAAGGUGGGUUAUGUAAGCCUAGUAGUCCAGAGAGGAGAUUACGGUUAAGGAAAGAUAAAGAAAGUGCAGAUAAUAAGACUCGUCUUUCUACUUCCAAUGACAAGUGUGAAAAGAAUGAUACAACUUGUACAUCACAGUCUCAAUGUGACGAUGAUAGUAUACUGGACUUCAAAUCACCGAAAAGAAUGUAUUCUGUGCAACCAACAAUUAUUAGCAGUAAUAAGUACACGAAUAAGUCGAAAAAAAAGCCGAUACCCCACUCUAAAUCGAAACCCAUUAACAACGACAAAAAAAUCGAGGGCAAACCGUCACAUAGUAGGAAAAUUUUACACGAUGUACAACAGCCACCGAUCGAAUCAUCGUUUUUCAAAUCGGAGAAAAAAGCAGACCCAGCUGAUGUGAAAACAGCUUGCGUGUGUCCGUUAUGUUUUAAGAACUUCAAAGAUGAAAGCUCGCAAGCUAUACAUAUGAAGAGCUGUGCGAUAAAAAAUAACGUGUCGACGAAGAAGCUGAUGGUUGCGGUGGAACUGCAAGAGCGGCAGGCUGCGGAGAGGAAGUCAUUGGGUUUACUUUCCGCCCCUGCGUUACAAGAGAAGAAGAAACCUGCUCCGCGUAAAUUGGCGUCCCACGACGACCCCGAUCUUCAGCUUGCUUUAGCACUUUCCAAAUCCUUACAUGAAAAAGAGGAGAUGGAAGAAUGGGUGAACAAAUGAUGGUUAUAUCGUCCAAUCCGUUAUUGCCAGAUAAUAAUGCAGAGCAGUGUCGGAAAACGACGUUGCAGAGCUUUGGAUUCAUUAGCGACCGAAAUAUAUCACCGGCAGAUAACUUGUCCAAUAAAA